AGGGCGGAAGUGGCGGCAGGAUUCAAACGGAGCGCUGGGCCGGAAGUGGCGGUUGGUGCGGCCCGUGGGGGUCCAGGCCCGGUGCCGCUCCCCGAUGUUGCCGUCCUGCAGACUGCGGCCACGAGCAACCACGGGCCGAACCGAGAGACCCCCCCGGGCGGGCCGGGCGCUGCUGGGCGAGAGGAGCCUCCGGGUGGCCCCGGUGGGAGCGUGGGUGGAGAGCGGCCCCCGCGAGCAGAGCCCGGCAUUCGUGAGUGAGGGACUGUGCCCCACCUGGGCUUCAGCAUUUCAGGUUGAGGAGGAGCUGAAGGAGCAGCAGAGGAGGAAGGCAAUGAGGCUGAGGCACUUCCAGGGAGAGGUGAAGCGGCGGGUGAACCAGCAGAUCAGGAUGAGAAGAAAGCAGCAGCUGCAGAGGUGCUGGGAAGCGGUAGAGAAGGAGAGCAACCUUGCUGUGCAGUGCUUGGGCUCAGUGCUGCACCUGACACCCAAGAAGAACACGUGUGUUUUCCGGAGCCGCCCUGCACCCGCCAUCUGCAGCCCCAGUGCCCACGCUGCCCUGGCACAGCAGCAGGAGCCUGGGGUGCCCAGCGAGCCCUUCCAGCAGCAAGCUGCCCAGCUUAGCAAAGCCAUGAGACAAGUUCGGCGCAGGCUGGCAUCCUGUCAGGCAGUGUCCAAAGGCACAGAGGCCUCAGAGCUCCCCGGCAGCACAUGGAGGCUUGGCCAGAGGCAAGAUGUGAGACGGGCAGCUGGGCAGGAGGAAUCAGUGCUAUAUGCCCCGCUGCCCACCGAAGGUGAGAGUGAGGAACUUAUUCUAGCAGGACAUCAUGAUCUUCCAGCUGAACUGCAAGACCAGAUGACAGCUUCACAUCAGGCUGAGCAAGGUGAUGAUUUCUGCAUCAAAAUGGAAUUUAGAAAGUUUUCUGAUGGAUCAGCAAAGGAUUUGAGCACACCUGAGUCUCUGCAGAGAACGACCCUUGGUUGUCAAGCUCCCCUUGUCCUGUGGGCUGGCAUAGACCAAGAGGAAAGCAAGAAGCAGCAUCAGAACGAGUACCUGAGGUGCAGGCGCCUCUUCAUGAGUGCUGAGCGAGAGCAAGUGAAGGAGCAGCAGAGGCAAAAGGAGCGGCAGAAGAGGAUUGCUGAGAUUAAGAGCAAGAAGGAGAACCAGCGCCAGGUGGAGGAGCAGAGGAUGCAGGAGGUGGCUAAGCAGCAAAAAACCUUCCUGGGGGAAGGUGUCUGUGAAGUUCUGGCCCAGCUUGAACUGGAGGAGAGGAGGCUAAAGAAAGUCAAGCAAAAAGAGCAGCGAAAUAAGGAGUACACAAGGUAUGUAGAAGCUUUAAGAGCUGAGGUGAAGGAGAAGAUGAAGCUAUACAACAUUGACUUGCCACCCCUGUGCUCCUGCAGCUCUGACUUCUGGGAGUCUCAUCCCGAUACCUGUGCCAACAACUGCAUCUUCUACAAAAACCACAAAGCCUACAGCCACGCACUACGGUCUGUCAUCUCAUCCUGUGACCUGGUGGAUGGAAGGCCGAAGCUGCUCCUCCACCACCUCGCUGCUCUCUUCACCUGCCCUGCAAAGCUGUGAGGAGGGCAGCGAUGGUGGUGCCGCAGUGUCUCAGUGCCAGAGCUGCACUAUACUGAUGCAUCGUGCUGCAGUUUGUGCUCAGGUCUGAAUUGCACAUCUUGGACUAGGUGCAGUUGCCUAUUGCACGGGGCAAGGGCAAGUGUGAAGGAGCAGAUUGCUCUGUGGCCUUGGUUAGAGACAAGCACUUGGAUUUUAGAAUUCAACUUCAGAAUAAACUGCAGCACAGAUGA